GCACCUAGAAAGGACCUCUACAGCCCUGAAAGACAGCGGAGACCAGGACAACUAGAGCUCCAGACACAGAUCCCCUGUAAAGACCUUGUCUCAGACGACCACCGGGACAAGACCACAGGAAACUAGAGUGACCACCUGUCCUGCUUUACAUUGUACUGUACAGCAAUUUUACCCUUUGUCCCGCCUCAUGCAAAUUAAGCAUCUGUCCCGCUUUUUCACACUGAUACGUUCAAAGGCGUACUGUUAACUUAUGUCCAAUAGUUCAGAGGAGAGCAAUAAAAGCGUUAGUCGAUAGGCUGAGUCGUAUGUCAAUCAAGCUGUUGACUGGUGCACGAACGCCUCCUCAACAUUGUCAACAAUCUCAAAUUGGAGAGCGCGCACACUGUUCGGUCAGGUUAAGCAGCCAUGGCCAGUGUGGCCACGAAAAAGAGAAGAUGCACUUUUAAUAGCGAAUGGACCGCAACAUACUCUUGGUUAAGACCUGUAGAGAGAGCUUUUUGCAUUUUAUGCAAGAGCUGUUUUUCUGUGGGACAUGGUGGAGAAUACGACGUGAAGCGACAUGGUGCAUGUGAGUACCACAGAAAAAAAGCACAUGUGAUGAGCAUUUAUCAUGCCAUACAUUACACACAUUCAUAUCGCUCUACCGACUGCAGUAACAAGUUAGUCCCAGUAAUUUUUCCAGAUUCUGAAAUAGCUAAGAAAAUGUUGUGUGGCCGCACCAAAGCAACAUCUAUUUUAACAGAUGUCCUUGCUCCGGUCUCAGUGGAAAAAUGUAUUCAAGAACUGACAUCACCUAUGCUUGCGGGUGGAACGCACACACCGUUUUUUUCAGUGGCGUCAGAUGCUUCUAACCACGGCAGCACCAAGCUUUUCCCCCUGGCAGUGAGAUACUGGACCCCAGAGCUUGGGUUAGAGAAUAGAGUUGUUGAUUUUUACGAGGAUAGCGCAGAGACGUCAGAAUCAAUUCACCGCCAGAUUACUAACAAACUGAAGGAUAAUGGCCUAAGACUGGAGAUGAUCUCUGCUUACACUGCUGAUAACGCUAGUGUGAAUUAUGGAAAGUUCAAAUCUGUUUAUCAGAAGCUGAAGGCAGAUAAUGCUGGCAUUAUCAAGGCUAAUUGUAUGGCUCAUGUCAUGCAUAAUUGUGUGAAAUAUGCUGGAGACAAACUAGACAUAGACAUCGAAUGUACAACUAACAAGAUUUACAGUCACUUCUCAUCAUCUGCAAAGCGCACUGAAGAACUGAAAUCAUUGUUUGAAUUUGUGGCUCAAGACUAUCAUGCUGUACUGAGGCAUGUACCUACAAGAUGGCUAAGUAUAUGGCCUGCUGUCUCAAGGCCUCAUGUCAGCUGGCCUGCAGUGAAGGCCUACUUUCUGUCAUUAGAAGAGGAACACUGUCCAAAGGUGCUAUGGAAGCUUUUUAAAAAGGAUCAACAUGGUGAUGGGCUCCCUCUUCAGUUACAGGCCUAUCUGUCCUUCCUCCAUAAUGCACUGAAGACAUUCCAUGAUGUUAUACUGGUGUUGGAGGGAGACAAUAUAACUGUCUGUGAGUUAUAUGACAUUCUCUCCACUCUUCUGAGAAAGCUCCAGCAGUGGCAGGCAGACUCCUUUUUUGGAGUUGAAACCAGUGCACUUCUCCAAAAGUUUCCAGACUGUGAAGCAACAGCAAUCAAGCAGGACUUCUCUAAUUUCUACAGUAAUUCACUCAGCUACCUUGACAAAUGGUAUGACUUUUCAGACAGCAACUUUCACAAGCAUGUGGCAUUGUUAGGACUAAAGAGUGAAUUCACAUUCUCUCAUCUCUGUGAUGUGGUGGAGAUCCUCCAGAUGAGAGAUAAACUAAACAUGGAUGAACUCUAUGAAGAAUACUGUGUGAUUUUGCCACGCCAGCAGGAGGUUGUAAAGAGAACAGUUCCUGUUGUGGAGAAGUGGUCAACUUUGCUCCAAGGCACAAACACACCAAAUUUGACUGUACUUGGAUCCUUUCUCUUUAGCAUCCCUGUGACAAAUGCACAUGUGGAAAGAGUGUUUUCACUGAUGACUGCAGCAUGGACUGACCAACGAAACCGGUGCUCUGUGGAUCUUAUCAAGAGUGAGAUUCAAGUCAAGAGCAACUUUGGAUAUAGCUGCACAGAGUUCUACAGCUAUGCAUUAAAAGAGAAAACUAUCCUUGAUGCAGUACGGGCAGACAAAAAGUAUAAAUUCAAGAAGAACAAUUAAGAAAAGUGCUAUCCAUGGUACUGGGGAAUACUGUUGGCCUGCUACCAUCUGGAUUGUGUUGACACAUAGGCAAAAUAUGUGUCUGCUUGAUGGGAGAAUUUUUUCUUUUUUUAUCUCAU